ACACCUAACAAUGUAGGGACUGUUAGAAAGAUCAACACGGUUCUAUUUCCAGUUCGAUAUUCUGAGAAGUUUUAUCUUCAAAUCUUAGAGGAGUCUCUUUCGGAUUUUUGCAAACUGAUUUUUUUCAAUGAUCUACCUGUUGGCGCCGUUUGCUGCGGAAUGGAUCUUCCGCAAAGCCAACAGAGGGAAAGCUAUGUAUAUAUCAUGACACUGGGUGUUUUAGCGCCCUAUCGCCGUCGAGGUUUAGCGACAAAACUUCUCGAUCACGUCAUACAAGAAGCCUUGAAGAUGCAUCUACCUAAACUUACCUCGGUUUAUGUUCAUGUUCAAUUUGGGAAUGAUGAUGCCAAAACAUUUUAUGAACGUCAUGGGUUUGUGGUGGAAGGUGAAGUUAAAGAUUAUUAUAGAAAAAUCGAACCUCGUGAUGCUUGGAUUCUUGUUAAACAAAUAACAAAGCCGGUUGAAGCUUGA